AUGCACACUUCACUUCUACUGCGGCUAUCUUCGCUUCUGGCUUUGGCGACAGCAUCCUUUUAUGAUCCAGCCGAGAUCGAGUGGAAUCUCAACGUCAACCAGAAUGCCGCCACACCGCUCGAAUACACCACUCCCGACUGGCCUGCGGGACAUGAACACCAAGCAAGCCCCAAAAAUUGGCGAUUCCCGUUCUACAGCUUCUUCCUCGACAGAUUCGUCAACGGCGAUCCAACCAACGACAAUGCCAAUGGUACCAACUGGGAGCAAGAUCCCAAGCAAACACAACUUCGUCACGGCGGCGACAUAAAAGGCUUACAGGACUCGCUCGAUUAUCUUCAUGGCAUGGGAAUCCGCGGAAUCUACCUUGUCGGCAGCGCGAUGAUCAAUAAGCCAUGGGAGUCUGACGGCUUCAGCCCUUACGAUCACACAAUUCUCGACCACCAUCUGGGCAACAUCGAAGACUGGCGCGCUGGGAUCAAAGCUGUUCACGACAAGGGUAUGUAUGUGGUCAUGGACAAUACAAUGGCUACCAUGGCGAAUCUUUUUGGAUUUGAGGGAUCCUUCAACAGCAGUACCGACUUCUCCUUCACCGAGCACAAUAUGGAGUACAUUUCAAAGGUCACAUACCGCGACUUCGAAGUUUCAAACAACUUCCAAGAAGUGUGUCCGUACGACUACCCACGCUUCUGGGAUCAGGGCGGACACCAAAUCCUCGACAAUAACACACGGGAGAUGGUCGGAUGUAUGGACAGCGACUUCAAUCAAUUUGGCGACGUUGGAGCUUUCGGCGUCUACCCUGAAUGGCAAAAACAGCUCUCAAAGUUCAACGGCGUUCAGGAUCGACUGAGGGAGUGGAAACCUUCGGUGCUGGACAAGAUCAACCACUUUUCUUGCAUGAUGAUUAAGGGAUUGGAUAUUGAUGGCUUCAGAAUCGACAAGGCCAUGCAAGUCACCGUUGAUGCUCAGGGGCGUUGGUCUCACUUCCAGAGAGAAUGCGCCGCAUCUGUCGGCAAGGACAACUUCUUCAUCCCUGGCGAAAUCGUGAACGGAAACGCUGACGCUGCCAUCUACCUGGGUCGAGGCAAAGAGCCAGGCAUGAUGGUUUUCAAUAAAACCAAAGCGAUGACCUCGAACGACACGGAAUACAUCCGCGAAGAAGGUCAGCAGGCUCUGGACGCAGGCGCUUUCCACUACUCCACCUACAGAGCUCUCAUGCGAUUCCUUGGUCUCGAUGGAAAUCUUCUCGCGGCCAGCGACACUCUUGUCAAUUUUCCCUCUCAAUGGGAAACAAUGGUCCGCACCAACGAUCUCAACAAUGCGUACACAGGCAAAUUUGACCCACGGCAUAUGUAUGGCGUCUCGAACCACGAUGUUCUGCGAUGGCCUGGUCUUACAAACGGAACAGAGCGACAACUGCUCGGAGACUUCAUCAUCUCACUGGUCAUGCCCGGUAUUCCGAUGGUCAGCUGGGGUGAAGAGCAGGCCUUUUACGUGCUCGACAACACUGCAAGCAACUACAUUUUCGGUCGGCAACCAAUGUCGUCCGCUCAGGCCUGGCAAAUGCACGGCUGCUACAAAGUCGGCAACAUCAAUCUGAACGAGUGGCCAAUCAACAGCUCUCUCACGGGGUGUCAGGACGAUGGCGUCAGCAAAGAUCACAGGGAUUCAUCGCACCCGGUUUACAACGUCUUGAAGCACAUGUUCCAGCUGCGUGAAAGAUACCCGGUCCUCAAUGAUGGCUGGCACAUGGAGCAGCUUUCCAACCAAACUUUCAACUACACGCUGCCAGGAUCAUUCGGCGUGCCCACCGAGACCGGUCUCUGGAGCGUCUACCGCGGAAGGGAAGAAGACAUCCAGGACUUUGAAGGCGAAGGCGCUUUCGGCAAUCAGGGCGUGUGGCUGCUCUACUCAAACUACAACGGGUCGCGAACUUACGAAUCCGAUUGCAAGGGUGAAGACGCCAUCAUCGCUCCCUUUGACGAAGGCACCACGGUGAAGAAUCUUUUCUACCCAUUCGACGAGUGGACACUGGAAACUUCCAAUCGUAGUCUGGGUUUUGAAGGAUCAACGGAGUUGAACGGUUGUGUCUCGAAGAUGAACAUGUCCAUGUACGGCUGGAAGGCAUUUGUGCCCGUGGACAAGUGGAUGACUCCGAUUCCACUGAUCACUGGAUUCUCGCCCGGCCACGAUGCACGCAUUAUCUCCGACUCACCUGAAGACGAAGCUUCCUCUGUCGAGGUCGAAUUCCGCUUCUCCGAGGAAAUGGACUGCGACUCGGUCAAGAACUCCAUCACGAUCGACUCAACGACUGCGGAUGGCCAACAGGCAUCUCUUGACGGCGAUUCCGCGAAUUGCCUGAGCAUCGAUCCACAGUUCGAGUCAUACUACGACGGAACAGCUCCGUCGACCUGGCGUGCACGAUUCACACUUACCAAUGUGUACGACGGUGUCCACAUGUUGAACCUGAACAACGCCACCAGCAAGAAUCAAAACAUGUCGACCGGUUCGAAUGAUCACUUCAUGUUCCGAAUCGGCCAGCCUGAGAAUCCCAUGAUAUUCCCGAUGACUGCUAACUUCAGCUCAUCUUUGCUUUACAAGGAGGACACUACCGCAAGGAAGGUCAAGCGUGAUGCGUCAAUCACAAGCUCUGGAUUUAUGAUCAACCACAAAGCUCCGGGCGCGGACAAGUGGCGCUUUUCCAUGUCCUUCGGUGGAACUUGGUCCGACUGGUUGGACUACACUCCUGGCAACGUUUCUCUUCCUUCGCAAACAUGGCGAGGCUCGAACAUUCAGAAAUGGACCGGAGACCACGUUCAAGUUCAGUACUGGUCCAAGCUCACUGGCAGCAGCGACCAUUUCAUGGAAGGCGACCUAGUUGGCACAAACGACAUUCCAAGGCGCUUCCCUCACCUUUUCGUCCACGGGUCUUUCAAUCAAUAUGGCUAUGACUCUGGAAUCCCGAAUAAGAUGUCUCAGCUCGACAACGGUACAUGGACAUACGACUUUUUAACGGAGUGGCCUUCGCAGUUUCAACUCAACGUUUGGGGCAUGGCGGCCGACGGCAGCCCAGAUGUCAGCUACGCGAUGGGAGACGUCGACAAUGACACGGUCUUGGAUCGUAUCUCUCCGGUCUCACUUCAGCAGUGUGUCACGAACAUCACCGAUCAUGGUCCCGGUGCACCUCAUCUUGCCUGGCGAAUUCUGUUCAACGAUGCCGACUUCAGAUACUACCUUGUGCCGGUCGGUAACAGAUAUGUUCAACUGACGCUCUGGAUAUUGCUCGGCAUUAUUCCGAUCAUCUCGGCUAUCGUGGGAGUAUGGGCAUACGUGCACUUCUUCUAUGGAGUCAAGUUCAACAAGAUUGUCGUGCGCGCUCCAUUCUCUGCCGAGACAGCCAUGGGUUCUACCGAACGCCGCACUGUACUCAUCGGCACCAUGGAGUACGACAUCAGUGAUUGGAACAUCAAAAUCAAGAUUGGGGGUCUCGGUGUGAUGGCUCAGUUGAUGGGCAAGAACCUGCAACAUCAAGACCUCAUCUGGGUCGUGCCUUGCGCUGGUGGCAUUGAAUACCCAGUCGAUACCCCUGGACUCCCAAUCGAGGUCACCAUCCUUGGACGAGUUUACGAAGUUCAAGUUCAGUACCACAAACUCGACAAUAUCACCUACAUGCUACUUGAUGCUCCGGUCUUCCGCAGACAAACCGCCAAAGAGCCAUACCCAGCCCGUAUGGACGACUUGGACAGUGCCAUCUACUACUCCGCCUGGAAUCAAUGCUUGGCAGAGGCCAUGCGACGCUUCCCCAUCGAUCUUUACCACAUCAACGACUAUCAUGGCACCGUGGCGCCGCUGUACCUGCUUCCCAAGACAAUUCCUUGCUGCCUUUCUCUCCACAAUGCCGAAUUCCAGGGCCUUUGGCCCAUGAGAGAUCCUCGAGAGGUCGAAGAGAUCUGCUCCGUGUUCAACCUGUCCAAGAAAGUCGUCCAACGCUACGUUCAAUUCGGAGAAGUUUACAACUUACUACACGCCGGAGCCAGCAUUCUUCGUGUCCACCAAAAGGGAUUCGGUGCCGUCGGCGUCAGCAAGAAGUACGGCAAACGCUCCUGGGCACGAUACCCGAUUUUCUGGGGACUGAAGAAGAUCGGCUCCCUUCCAAACCCGGACCCUUCUGACGUUGCCGAAUGGGACAAGAAGCUGUCCGAUCCAGACGAUGUCCACGUUGAUGCGGCUUUCGAGGCCUCUCGUACCGAGCUGAAGCGCCAGGCGCAGGAGUGGGCUGGCUUGGAGCAACGCGCCGAUGCCGAUCUAUUCGUCUUCGUCGGACGAUGGUCUAUGCAGAAGGGCAUUGAUCUCAUCGCUGAUGUCUUCCCGGCUGUCCUGGAGCAGUAUCCGAAGACCCAACUGCUGUGCGUUGGUCCCGUGAUCGACCUGUACGGCAAGUUUGCGGCGCUGAAGCUUGACAAGAUGAUGCAAAAAUAUCCGGGACGAGUGUAUUCCAAGCCAGAAUUCACGGCUCUCCCACCGUUCAUCUUCAGCGGCGCAGAGUUUGCUUGCAUACCCAGCAGAGAUGAGCCCUUCGGAUUGGUGGCUGUCGAGUUUGGUCGUAAAGGCGCUCUUGGUGUCGGAGCUCGCGUCGGUGGCCUUGGACAGAUGCCCGGCUGGUGGUACACCAUCGAAUCUUCGACCACGAAGCAUCAGAUGCAUCAAUUCAAGAUGGCAAUCGCCGCUGCAUUGAAAUCAGAUUAUGCGACUCGUUCAAUCAUGAGAGCACGAUCGGCCAAACAACGCUUCCCCGUCGCGCAGUGGAAAGAGGACCUUGAAAUCCUGCAAAGCAACUCGAUUAGAAUUCACAAGAAGCGCAUGGAAUAUAUCAAUGCCAAACGCCAAGGCAUCGAGGACAGAGGUGGCACAUCUAGUGGAUGGAACACGCCAGGCUGGAUGACUCCAAGAAGCGGCUGGGCCACUCCCAUUGGGAGCCGGCCGAACACGAGACCCUCCUCACCCAAUCGCUCUGGCACUGCGACACCGUCAAAUCAAGGCGGCGCCUUGUCACUGGGUAUCCGGCUGGGACCAGGUCAUAUGCUGGACAGCAAUGCCUCGGCAGACAGUUCGACCGUCACGCGGGAUAACUCAUCUGAAGGCUCGGAGCCGUUAACACGGCGCAACAGCGUUGAGCAGGAAGAGUACAUCACAGCUGAAGCUGCAGAGGAAUUCAGGCGCCGCUCUCAGAUUGUCGUUCUUCCCAAGCAGUCCUGGAACCUUCACACCGACCUCCGGCGCCGGCUUCCCCUUCUUGAAUCAGCAAUACGAGCCCCCUCGAAGUGUCAACCGCAAGAGCUGACACCAUUCUUCACCGACCCGACUGGCCUGUAUUACAAGACAUUCGACAAGAAGCUGGACGCUCUGAACGGCAAGAACUCCGAAACUCAGCUUUGUAUCGAAGAAUACCUGGAGAAGUCAGAGAAGCAGUGGUUCGGCCGUUUGCACGAGGCCAAGAUGAGUCGGAAUACCACACCCGUCGCUUCUCGAGCAACGACUCCUGCGGGAUCCAUCUUUGAAGGUGACGAUGGCGAGGAGUCUACCGCACAAUUUCUAUUGCCCGACAACUACACGCCACCCUCUGGAAUUCGCCGAAUUCUGAUGUACAAGCUCGGCGAUUGGCCGGUAUAUGCACUUCUUCUCGCGUUGGGUCAGAUCCUGGCGGCCAACUCCUACCAGAUCACUCUUCUCACCGGACAGGUCGGUCAAACCGCUGGCCAGCUGUACGCAAUUGCCUCCAUCUACUUUGCAACGACACUCAUCUGGUGGUUCCUCUUCCGUCGCUUCCCAGCCGUCUGGUGUAUGAGUCUUCCGUGGUUCUUCUACGGCUCAGCGUUUUUCCUCAUCGCAUUUGCACCUUUCGGCACGAGAUUCGGCACCAAGUGGGUGCAGUACGUCGGCACUGGCUGCUACGCUGUUGCAUCCUCGUCCGGCUCGCUCUUCUUCGCGCAGAACUUUGGUUCACUCGGGGCAGCACCCGUCAAGGACUGGGCUUUCCGUGCUUGCGCUAUUCAAGGAACCCAGCAGCUGUACGUCGUCGGUAUGUGGGCUUGGGGAAACAAGCUCACAGUCGGCACCGCCAAAGGCCAGUCUGUCGACUAUGGCUACACUAUGACUGCCGUCGGUGUGCCAAUCGCCAUCUUCCUGUGGACAAUCGGCCUGGUCUUGUUCUUCGGUCUGCCAGACUUCUACCGCCAAAAGCCAGGUGCAGUGCCGGACUUUUACACCUCCGUCUUCCGACGUAAGAUCAUCGUCUGGUUCUUGGUCGCCACUUUCAUUCAGAACGUAUUCUUGUCCGCGCCAUAUGGUCGGAAUUGGUCGUACCUCUGGGCUUCCAAGCAUGCGCCUGCCUGGGUGAUCGUCGUCAUGCUGCUCGUGUUCUUCAUCAUCAUAUGGGCUGCAGUUCUGUUCUACUUCGGGCAUUUGUCUACUACUCACAGCUGGAUUCUCCCGAUCUUCGCCAUCGGUCUCGGCGCACCACGAUGGUGUCAAAUCCUCUGGUCGUGCUCAAAUAUUGGCCAGUAUCUUCCGUGGGCAGGCAGUCCAGUCGCAUCUGCCAUUUUGGGAAGAGGAUUAUGGUUGUGGCUCGGUGUUCUGGACUCUAUUCAAGGAAUCGGAUUCGGCAUGAUCAUCCUCCAAACCAUGGCGAGGUUCCACUGCUCGUUCGCCUUGAUGGCCGGGCAAUGUAUCGGUGCUAUUGCUACAAUUAUCGGCAGAGCAGAUGGUCUCAACAGUACUGGACCGGGUCCUACGUUUCCCAGCUUCGCGACAGACAUCACGGGCGGUCUUUCCGAGCCAUGGUUCUGGAUCUGCCUUCUAUUCCAGCUUGGAAUUUGCGUGGGAUACUUCACUUUCUUCCGCAAGGAGCAGCUUACGAAGCCUUGAGCAAGUACGAGAUGAUGAGUGGAUGCUGAGCAGAAAGUUGUCAGCAUGAUGAUCGAGAGGAGCAGGAAUGGAUAUGUGAUGGAAAAUGUGUUUGACUCGGCGUUGAAUUUCGGGAAACAAGAGACAGCAAGGAGAGACAGACACGGACUGACCAGCAUGCAUAACAGACUUCCUUUCUUAUAGAUGAUAGAUGUGUAGAUUUAAUUGGGGCUCGAAGUGCUCGAGUCUCGGAAUGGAUGAUUUGACUUG